CCUCGACGGCCCAGUCUCUCCGCGGCCCCCGCACAGAGUGGGCCUCCGCCUCGCCUCUGCCAGACAUGUCCAGCCUCCGGGCGCUGUGCUCCGGCCUGCCCUUGCGGCCCCUCCCAGAGAACCGUGGACGCUGGGCCGGGGUGCCCCACGCCCCGGUCAGGACCCCCGGCCUCAGCCCCGCUGAGGAGCAGCUGGCGCUGAGGAAUGCCCUUCGGUACUUCCCCCCGGACACCCAGGAGCUGCUGGCCCCCGAGUUCGCCCAGGAGCUGCGACUGUAUGGGCACAUCUACAUGUACCGCUUCUGCCCCGACAUUGAAAUGAAGGCCUACCCGGUGGAGCAGUACCCCUGCCGGACGAGAGUGGCUGCAGCCAUCAUGCACAUGGUCAUGAACACCCUGGACCCUGCUGUGGCCCAGUUUCCCCAGGAGCUCGUGACCUACGGAGGAAACGGGCAGGUGUUCAGCAACUGGGCUCAGUUCUGGCUGACGAUGUCCUACUUGUCCCAGAUGACGGAGGAGCAGACGCUGGUCAUGUAUAGCGGACACCCCCUGGGCCUCUUCCCCAGCAGCCCCGGGGCCCCGAGGCUGGUCAUCACCAACGGGAUGGUCAUUCCCAACUACUCCUCCAAGACGGAGUACGAGAAGCUCUUUGCCAUGGGGGUGACGAUGUACGGCCAGAUGACGGCGGGCAGCUACUGCUACAUCGGUCCCCAAGGCAUCGUCCACGGCACAGUGCUCACCGUGCUGAACGCCGGGCGGCGGUACCUGGGCGCCCAGGACCUGGCCGGGAAGGUCUUUGUCACCUCCGGACUCGGCGGGAUGAGUGGGGCUCAGGCCAAAGCCGCCGUCAUCCUGGGGUGCGUUGGCGUGAUUGCGGAGGUGGAUGGAGCGGCCCUCAUGAAACGCCACAAGCAAGGCUGGCUGAUGGAAGUGACCGACAGCUUGGACCGCUGCAUUGAAAGACUCAGGGAAGCGAGGAAGAGGAAGGAGGCCCUCAGCCUUGGUUACCAUGGCAACGUGGUGGAUCUUUGGGAGCGCCUGGUCCAUGAACUGGACACAACGGGGGAGCUUUUGGUGGACCUGGGGUCAGACCAGACGUCCUGCCACAACCCGUUCAACGGUGGCUACUACCCCGUGCAGCUGGGCUUCGCAGAGGCCCAGAGCCUCAUGGCCUCCGACCCUGCUGCCUUCAAAGCCCUGGUCCAGGAAAGCCUGAGGAGGCACGUCUCGGCCAUCAACAGGCUGGCCCAGGAGAACUUCUUCUUUUGGGACUAUGGCAACGCCUUCCUCCUGGAGGCCCAGAGAGCAGGGGCUGACGUGGGGAAGACGGGCGCCAACAGGACGGAGUUCCGCUACCCCUCGUACGUCCAGCACAUUAUGGGGGACAUAUUCUCCCAGGGAUUUGGGCCUUUCCGCUGGGUGUGCACGUCCGGGGACCCGCAGGACCUGGUGGUCACGGAUCAGCUGGCCACGUCAGUGCUGGAGGAGGCCAUUGCUGGUGGAGUGAGUCCGGCUGUGGAGCAGCAGUACAUGGACAGCAUCCGCUGGAUCCGGGAGGCCUCGCAGCACCGGCUGGUGGUGGGCUCCCAGGCCAGGAUCCUGUACUCGGACCAGAAGGGCCGUGUGGCCAUCGCCAUGGCCUUCAACCAAGCCAUCGCCUGUGGGAAGAUCAAGGCGCCGGUGGUCCUGAGCCGAGACCACCAUGACGUAAGCGGCACAGACAGCCCGUUUAGGGAGACCUCCAACAUUUGUGACGGCUCUGCCUUCUGUGCGGACAUGGCCGUGCAGAACUUCGUGGGAGAUGCAUUCCGGGGAGCCACCUGGGUUGCCCUGCACAACGGCGGGGGUGUCGGCUGGGGCGAGGUGAUCAACGGGGGGUUUGGCCUUGUGCUGGACGGGACCCAGGAGGCUGGGCAGAAGGCCAGGAUGAUGCUCAGCUGGGACGUCUCCAACGGGGUGGCCCGCCGCUGCUGGUCCGGGAACCCGAAGGCCUACGAGAUCAUCUGCCGCACGAUGCAGGAGGACGGGGGCUUGGUGGUGACGCUGCCCCACGCGGUGGCGGAUGAGCGUGUGCUCCAGCGGGCCCUGCGGCUGUGAGCGGGGCCGAGAGCCCUGUGGCCCCCUCACCACGCGGGCCCCGCCCUCACCUCACAGCCGCCUGGCUCCCCCCGACUCUGCCUGCUCUCCUGGGCCAGGCGCCGGCACACGCCCUCCUGGGCCUCACCCGGAGGGAGUGUCACCGCGUCCCCACUUUACAGCUGAGGCCAGAGGGGCGGCUCCCUGGGGACCGGGAAGGCAGUCGGGGUCUUCUCCAGGCCUGGGUGCUCAGGCCUGGCACGGAGUGGGCUCGGGGGGCUGGUGCCGUGUAAACUGGCCAAGCUGGGACCGACCAGUCCCUGGAGCCGCCUGCUGUCCCUCCUCCCGCCAAGGGGCAGCUGCUCCUUUGGCCAGGCUCUCGCCCAUCGCCCUGCCUUCCCCCGACCGACCGACCGACGGGACGGGCGUGGGACCGUCAGGGGACCAGGCAGAGACGGCCUCGCCCGGGCCGGCGGGCCUCGCCCGAGACCUGCGACCUCGCUGCACAGAGAGGCCAGCUUUGAGCAUGUCCUUAUUCUCCUUGGUUCCCACCACAGCUUCAAAUGGAGAAAGGGAUUGGAGGCCCGUCUCCAAGGAGCCACAGAAAAGUUGACACCCUCCCCCCACAUCUACCCGGGGGGCCGAGUCCUACCCACGGGCCACUCCACCUUUGCCUGAGCUAACAGAACCCCACUGUUGUCUGGGCAGCAGUGUGCACGUAAAAAGUAGCUGAUUUUCCAACCUUCCUUGUAAUUAGCAGUGACCUUUGGCCUGGUUCCAGCCCGUGAGACGACGUGGAAGUCUGCUGGGUGGGUCUUCCGGGAAAGCUGUAAUAAAAACGGACAGGUGCGGCUGCAUAUUGCUCUUUGCCUUUGCCCCUUCUUCCUGCCAGAGGCUCAGGUGUGAUGCCCGGGAGCCCAGCAACGCUGCUGUGAAGGGACCGUGAGUCUCACCGGGGCACUUGGAGGCACGUGGAAAGGCAGAGGCGCCUGGGCUCCGGGCGGUGCUGGCAGCUGCUAUACCAGGCCCGGGCGGCCUCCCCUUCUUGGUCCUCACCUGCUAAAGCCAUCCUGGGAGGGCUUCUCUCCCACACGGCGAGCACGGGGUCCAGACGAUCGUAUCGCGGUCAACGAGUCUCCAUGGAGGGCACCCUGCUGCGUGUAUCUGCGCAGACAUUCCCCGUUCCUAGGGAGAAACAGAGGAUAUGUCCAGUUUGAAGACCAGGCCCUCCCGUCAUCCUUUCGAUCCAGCGCCCUCGCUUAUUCAGGACAGCCAGGGCUCGGCCAGCCUCAGGGCAGGGUCUCAGGAGGCUUCCGGCCACAUGCGAGGGCUCCAGACCCUCCCUAGGCGCCCUACUGAGGCCGCCAGUGAGCAGUCUCCUCCCCCGCCUCAGCUGCCAGCAGGGAGAAGGGAUGGCUGACACCCAGAGUGGAGCCACCACCGGGCCCGGGGGGGAGUCAGGGCAGUGACCGCAGCCUCGGUAGCCAUGGAGGUGCCAAGUAAAGAGUGUCACUCGCCACCCGGCUCUGCAGGGAUUGAGUCACCGGCCGCUGCAGCCGCUGACUUUCAGCACACCCGGAAAGUUCAGGGCGAAGAUCAGGGUGAGACUCUGUGCUCUGGGAAUACGCAGAACAGGCCCUCAGAGAGGCAGGUAUUUUCUGGAGAAGUCGUUUGUGAACCUGGAUUCUCACCUCUUCCCACUUAGAAGAGCACGAAAACCAUUAACUUAGGUAUUUGUUCCUUCCCACCAGCAGCAACCUUCUGCCAGCCUUCUUGAAGAAAGGAGGGAUGUGUAGUCCGCCCAGAAAUGUUUUCAUCAAAACGAUGGAGGUAGAAAACAGUUGGCCCUGAUGGGCGUGAGCUCGGCUGCCUUUGAAACUGGGGCUUCUGAAAGUCUCCGGGCCGCUCCCGGGGCCCCCUCUGCUCCCUGGGACCCUGGACCCGCCCGGGAGCAGAGGCUUUCCCUGCCGGCCAGCGCAGGCCGGUGCAGGAGGGCUCACAUCUCUCGCCCUGGGCUUUCCAGACGGGACUCCUACCCUGGGCGCUGGGCUUGACCUGCGGUUGCGUUCUGUUUGGCCUGCCCUCUAAAAAUUUUUUGACAUCCUCACCGAUUUUUAGAAAUUGGGAAAUUUCACUUAAAAAAAUCCAGAUUUUGAGUUACUUAAAGAAGUCAAGAGAUGAGGUGACGCCACGCGCUCACCACCGCUGUGGCAGCAAUUAGCCAGAGGCCCCUUGGGCCUGGGCUUGUUUCACCCAAGUUACCACAGCCUGUGUUUGUUGUUUCUUCUCGGACGGGAGCUGCUGAUUUCUUGCCCCUCCCUGUUUCCCACGUUGGUGUCACCUGCAUGGCCUCUGCGGGGAUUUGAAUCUGUGUCUGUAUUAGGGCUCUCUAGAGAGCCAGCAGGAGGUAUACCCGUACCUAUGUCCAUAGGUGCUAUAGAUAGAUGUCCAUAUACAGAGGUGGACGCCGUGUAGGUCAU